AUGCGGGGUUGCUCCUCGACCGUUGAGGUGAUCGCUGUUCAGGGACUUUUUUCUGGCUUUAUGAGGGAGCGAAGGUCUUUACCGAUAAGUAGCGAAGUGGCGCUGAAGAACGACAAGGAUGGAACUGGGAAAUUGGUGGUGAACUCCGUCUUAUGUGGUGUGGUGGAUGAGCUGUCAAGUGGAAGGACAGGGCGACGCGGGUCGUGGGUCAGGCACGCAGUCAUGGGGGUCCUCCGAUGGAAGGAUUUGACAGGCGUCAGGACAAGCACGCCUCCUGAUCAGAAAGAGAUCACCAAAUCUUAG